AUGGCGGCUCGUCUAUGCCGCUCACGUGCCCGUAGGGAGCCCAUUCCCCCCCCCAGUCUUUCCUAUCAGCUGACGAGGAAAGACUUGUCACGUGAGCGAGAUCCGCUGCUGGAGAAGAGCGUUAAGGCAGAAGUUGGGCGACCCGAGAGACGGCUUAUGUGUUGGGAGCCGGUAAGGCCAAUGCUCUGCGCUUCUUUCCGAGGGAAACCACGGGGGUUCAGCAGCUACUCGGAACACCUCUUCUUUCCCUGGAGCAGAAAUGCUAGCCAAUGAGAAGGUGCUUGUGUAAAGCACAUGCUAAUUUAUGCAAAUGUAGGCGGGACUGCUCUUUCUUGGGCACCUUGCCCCCCCCCCGCAUUGAGUGACAGAUGACAUCACGCUCCUCAGUUUCCGAACUGAUACGCUGGGCUGAGCCUCUCCAUCGCCCCUCCAUUGACAUGAUGGGGGCCGAUUUGCUACCAGUCUUGAAAAUAGAAGCGAAGGCGGAGGAGGCUGACACGGUAGAUUUCAUUGCCCUGCGUUGUAGUGAUUUAGAUAUGAUUUACACCCCUCCUUUAAACAUUAGAAUAUUCCUCAAGGCAGUAUAAAGUCCACAGUGCAAUAAAUGGAGCACAACUAGACUUGUUAUUUUUUAUAUGUUUUAGAACAAUAACUUUCAGGAGAAUAUACAUCUAUAUAAUUUAUUUACAUUAUUGUAAUAUAAUUAUAUCACAUAUUCCUAUAUACCUUGUGUUUUUACAAACUUAUUAAGAGGCUUGAGAUUUUAAGAACUAAUAUAAAAUAGUGAAGCUGAACUAAUUUGUUUACUACUUUUUCCUUUCCUUUUUUAGUUAGCUUUUUAAAAUAAAAUUUGGUGCAACCAGAGAUUUAAACUGGCACUUUGAAUUGCACCUAGAAACAGACUGGCAGAUGCUGUACAUCUUGGUGAUUAAAAUAUUUUUAGCACCAGUUGCUGGAAAAUGCAGGAGGAGAGAUUUCUGUUGUGCUCAGGUCCUGUUUGAGAGCUUCUUAUGGGCAUCUGGUUGGCUACUGUGAGAACAGGAUGCCGGACAAAAUGGGCCACUGGCCUGAUUCAGCAGGACUCCUCUUAUGAGCAGAGGCAGCAGUGAGGGUGGUUCUUACCCUAUUAUUUUUACUGCAGGGAAGACAAUUACAGUUUAUUUGCAAACGUAUGUAGGUGUUCGGCAUCACAUUGGCUACCCUUGCCAGGCCUAAUGUAUGGUGGUGGAUUCUAGUUGCCCAUUAAUGAAGGAAAUGCACUCUGCACAUGCACAGUUGUGUUUUUAAAGAGGGCUGCCUCUGACCUCUGUGAUGUGCCUUAAGUGUUCUGUUCUUUUUUAAAAAAAUAGAAUGCAAAAUGUUGCAGCAAGAAAAGCAGAACUCUGUCAAUCUUAUUGUUACGUACUGAAGUUCUCACCCUGGGCGAGCAGGGGGAAACUGUAUAUAGUUUUCACUCAGGUCCACAUAUGCAAAUAACGGAUCGAAAGUGACGUUCAGUGAUUGGAUAGUUACAGAAAGUUGUUACAGUUGCAUUGUAGUGAAGCUCUAUAUAAGCAGGCUAGCUGAACCCUUCAGUUCAGUUCUGUUCUGGCCUUUGAAUAAACAAGAGCUAUUUGAAGAAUCGCUGUGUCGUCUGAUAUGUUCACGCACAACUUAACACAUAUAAAUAAAAAUGUUGGAGCUUUUGUAUGGUUUUGUUUACGCCACAGAGAGGUUCAAGGGAGUAUGCCAUCUAAUUGCUGAGUUUACCAGGCAUUGCACCUACACUUUCAAUAACAUUUUAAAAAAAAAUUUAAGCCCCCUUUUUUGGCCCCACUUCCAGAUCAAUAAAAUAAGAACAACAACCACCACCAAACCAAUACAGGCCCUGCCCUCAAGUUUACAGAUAAUGACAAAACACAGGGAAAAGGAGAUGGAGAGAGGAGCAGGGAGAAGCAAACCCAGUCAUUGGUUUUUAAGGUUACAUUUCUUAUGGUGACAGGCAGGGAAGGAAACAAUUCAGAUAACCAGAUGGAAUGGCUGCUUCUAGGUGCGAGCCAACGGCAAUGCCUGAUGUGGUCUUCCUUGCAGAACUGUUUUGUUAUUUCCCCACCUAUUCUCUCUGUGUUUUGCUUCCUUUCUCAUUACCAGGCGCAUUCCCUGAAUGCCUGA